GUUUUUAUGAGCAAUCCACGAGGUUGAAAUCACAUUCUUAUACAUAAUACAUCGCCUCUCUCUUUAAUCGCCAAACUUUAUAAUUUUCCGAAAAUGCAGGUGACGGGAGAGUUUGAUAAGUAUCAAAUGACGAAGAAACUGAAGAAGAUAUAUGAAUAUGUUGACAUUAUCGCACUUGAACAAGAUGGAGAAUCGAAGGAAAAACCGAUUCCGGUUAAGAAGCCUGAACCAAUAGUGAAGAAGACCUCAUCUUUCCGUCGUUGGAAGAUAGGUUUCUUUUAA